CUGUGACUAAUUUAUUUAAAUAAGUUUCAAGCUCUCAACCAAUCCAUAAGUAGCGUUCACAGGUUUUUCUAGAGAAAAGGCAGGCCAUUGCUGUUGUGUUUUUUAUGAGCGGUACAGGCUGAAUUUUUUUUAACAGUCUUUCUGAAGCAGAAAUUUUUCGACUGAACCAUGGCAGCCCAAGGCGUGGGAAGGACCAGCGGCACAGUCUGCGACUAUCCGGAUUUUGAUGCCAACCAAGAUGCUGAGAUGCUUCACAAGGCGAUGAAAGGAUUUGGAACUGAUGAAGGUGUCAUAUCUGAUAUACUGGCUGAGCGAAGUAACGCUCAAAGGCAGCAGAUCAUUCGUGCCUACAAAACUGUAAUUGGAAAAAACUUGAUUGAUGAUCUGAAAUGUGAGCUGUCGAGGAAGUUUGAAUCCUUGAUAGUUGCCCUCCUGCUUCCUCCAGAUCACUAUGAUGCCAAGGAAUUGCAUGAUGCUCUGAAGGGUGCUGGAACAUCUGAGGAUGUCUUGAUUGAAAUCUUAGCAUCUCGCAACAAUGCACAAAUACAGCAGAUUGUCAAAGCUUAUAAAGAAGACUUCGAAUCUGAUUUGGAAGAGGAUAUCUGCUCCGAUACAUCUGGCUACUUUCAACGAGUUCUGGUUUCCUUAGUUCAGGGUAAUCGUGAUGAAGGGAAUGCAGAUGCUUCCCAAGCAGAAGAUGAUGCUAAGGCUCUCUAUGAAGCUGGUGAAAAUGCAUGGGGCACAGAUGAAGAAAAAUUCAUUGCUAUUCUCUGUUCGAGGAGUGUUCCUCACUUAUUAGCAGUAUUUGACGAGUACCAGAAAGCGAAUGACAUUGACAUUGAAGAUAGCAUCGGCAGUGAAUGUUCUGGCACUCUGCAGCAAGUUAUGCUGGCCAUUGUCAAAUGUGUGAAGAAUACACCAGCUUAUUUUGCAGAAAAGCUUUAUAAUGCAAUGAAGGGUGCUGGAACAGAUGACGACACUCUGAUGAGAAUUAUGGUGUCUCGCUCUGAGAUUGACCUGGUGGAAAUAAAAGCUAUUUAUAAGGCAAAAUAUGGUGACACCCUUAAUUCUUCAAUUGUGGGAGAUACAAGUGGUGAUUAUAAAAACACCUUAGUGAAGCUUUGUGGUGGUGAUGAUUGAUGGAUUGAUACUUGUUUCUCUCCGGAUCUGGGAAUGGACCACGAGGCAAAUGUUUCUUGUUGUUUGUCUUUUUAUAGCUGUAAAAAGCCAGCAAUCCUCUAUAGCUACAAUAGAUAUUUGAAUGAAUGGAUUAUGGCUCAACUACAAUAUUAAGGAUGCAAUUGCAUUUCCAGUAUGCAAGGUAUGCUUUUUAAAGCCACUGCUCAUGGAGUGUUUCCAUCCACAUGGUAUUCACACUCUUUGCUUCAUGAAAUUCACUGUUGUCCAAAUGAAGUCCACUCCAUGAAUUGAAAAGGAUAGGAAUACUUUGUAAUGAUGAGUGAAAAGAUAUCAAUUUUCUGGUGUAAUGCAUUUAGUUUUAUUACAUGCCACUAAAUAUAGGCAGCAAAUUAACACCACAUUCUUUUGGAUUUGGCCAUGACUAAACCUACAGGUGCUAUUUUCUAAUUAACCUUUUGAUAUACACUGCCAAUAUUUGCAUGUGUUUAAUCUAUAUCUUGUAUAGUGAAUAUGUACCCAAACCUAACUGGACAUGCUUUGAUCUCAGUGCAAAGGGCCAUGAUUUUGUGAUCAAGCAGAUUUGGGUGUAAUCUGCUCUCCCAUGUACUUUUUUCCUAUCCUUAUCACCAAAUAUCAAAAAGCUUAAAGCUUGUACUUUUUUCUUCUUUUGGUCUAGGAGUAAAUUUGGAGGAAGAUUAAGAAAUUGCAAUAAACUUCAAUGAUGGAGUUGUUUCACUGUCCUAUAGACUAUUCACAUGAAGCAACAUCCUUGCCCCAUGUGAAAGGAACUUGCAUUUCAGAUUUAUUACUUUUCUCCUGGCCUUGUGGAGUUUGUUUGCUUGGUUUUUUUUCAUCCACUGAAGAGAUGGCAUUAAAUACUAAUUCACCUGGUCUCAUGGGGUUCCUUCCCCAGCAAGUGAAAAUUGCCCCCAGAAUUUCAUUCCUUCUACAAAUCUACAUUAACCAGCAAACUUUAAAUAACCAAUAUUGCAGUGUAUUUUGUAUAAUUCUGUAUAUUGGACAUUUAUUUCAAUGCCUGUGAAGCCCUGGUCACAAAAUCACUGUCCUAUUAUGCCUAAUGUCCUGAAAUAUUGAUCAUGUGGUUGACUGGGAGGUGCAAACUGGAAGUAAGAGUAAUGAACUUGUGCACCCUAAGUGUAUGCCCCAAGAUUAACUGGCUAAGAUCCUUUUUUUUUUUCUCCAUUCCACUUUAGUUUCAGUCUCCUAGUAUGCAACAAAUGGACAUUUUAAUAUAAGAAAAAACAAAGUUGGUUAUUCCUUGAGCUUGGAAUGUAUACAACUCAUACCUUGUAAUGGUGCUCCCAGAGAGAAAUAAAAUUUGUCUGGAAAUA